CGUAUGAAUAGAGUCAGAAUCGGCGCUUUGCAGAGCUCCCCUCUUGAGGAGGAGGAGGAGCAGGAGGAGCAGCUGCUGGAGCUUCAGUCCGGACAUCCAUUCAACGGCAAGUCUGGGUGAAACAUGUGAAAGACACUCAGUCACACAGUGGAGGUUCCGUCCGUUUAGGUGCUGUGGUCGUGUUGGAAGAUUUAUCAGAACGCCAGAAGUCCAGGAGACGAGAAGUCCAGGAGAACACAAUUUUAGAACGCCUAAAGUCAAUGUGGGGAGCGGUGGACACGAUGAGAAGCGUCUGCAUUUAUCUCUACAUCCUGCUUGUGCUGCAGUUGCUGUGCAGACUGACCACAGCUCAGCCACAGCUGCUGCCUGGAUCCUGCAACUUUGAACUGGGCACCUGCGGCUACACAUCCGAAUCUGGCAGCUGGAGUAUGAAUGAAGAAGGACAUUUAGUUACAGUGGACUCGGCUGUCCUGUCAGACCAGGAGCAGGCUGUUCUGGUCAGUCCAGUGCUGGAUCAACAGGAAUGGAGCUGUUUGAGGCUGGUCUACCAGAUCACUGGACAAGGUUCACUUCACCUCCACCUCAGACCUGACAGCGACAACUUUGACUACAGUCUGUGGAGUGCCAACACCCCGUCUGACAGCUGGCUCAUCGCAAGUGUUGAUCUCCCCAACACCACCAACCCACAUCAGAUUUUGCUGGAAGGUCGACCUAAACGUGGCUCUGGGAAUAGUGUAGCCAUCUUUGAAAUUCACAUUGUUCCUGGUUACUGUUUAGAGUGCAACUUUGAGGAGCAUCACCUGUGUGGAUACAGUAACAGCUGGAACCCCAACGUCAACUGGUAUGUGGGAGGUGUGGCAAAAGAACCAGCGUCCAACCUGCUGAAAGAACACACCAACAACAAUAACCAGAGAGGACACUUCAUGUAUGUGGACUCAGUCUACGCCAAGCACUUCCAAGAAGUAGCCAAGCUGACGUCACCUAUGACCACAGCCCCCAUGGCCGGCUGCCUGACCUUCUAUUACCAGCGUGACCAGGAGAGAGGAAACAUGUUCUCCCUCUUCAGCAGAGAUCAGCUGGGUCAUUAUGAGGAGAUCUGGAGGCCAGAGGUGUAUUUCACCCUGAACUGGACUAUGGUCAGUGUUGACAUCAAGGCCCCCCACCCACUGCAGGUUGUGUUUGAAGUGGCUUUUAAUAGUGCCAGAGGAGGAUAUGUGGCCAUUGAUGACAUCUCCUUUUCUCCUGAGUUCUGCCACACUGACACGGAGCCGGCCUUCGACCCCUCUAUAGCCAACUGUGACUUUGAGAAUGGCCUUUGUCUGUACCACCAGGAUAGAGUGGAGAGUAAAGUGUGGAACAGAGUUUCCGUCAAACCUAAUGCCUACAGGAUUGGAGACCAUACAACAGGAACAGGCUGUUUCCUCCUGGCAAACACCCCCUUUGCCUCAAGACCCGGUUACAUGGGUCGGCUCCACGGCCCCUUGUUACCAGGCAACCACAGGUACUGCCUGAGGUUCUACUACAUGCUCCAUGGAUUUAGAAAAGCGGACAAUUCUCUCGUUCUUUACAUCUAUGAUGAAAACAACGUGGCCCUGGAGAAGGUGUGGAGCCUGACUGACUCUUCCAGAGCUGUGUGGACUCAGGUGGAGGUCACCUAUAUGAAGCCCAUGAUGUCUAAGGUAGUCUUUGCCAGCAUAUGUACAAAUUUCUGGGAGUGUGGUCUUGUGGCCAUCGAUGACAUCACAGUCAGUAUGGGAGACUGUCAGAUCAAAGCAGGCAGCCAUCCAGGCCAGUGUAACUUUGAAAGUGGAAUCUGCGGCUACAUCCAGGAUAAAAAUGGAGACAAGGCCGACUGGCUGAGAGUGCGAGGACAUACCCCUACUUCCUACACAGGACCCAGGGGAGACCACACCACAGGGGUGGGUUACUUCAUGUAUAUUGAAGCGUCCCUAAUGCAGCCUGGUCACAAAGCUCGUCUGCUGACCUCUGACCUGCGGGGCUCCUCCCAGCCGCAGUGUUUAAUCUUUUACUACCACAUGCAUGGAUCUGGUACCGGCAUACUGAGUGUGCUUCUGCACAAAGGUAGCAUUGAUCAAAACAAGCUGCUGUGGAGACGACGUGGUGAGCAGAACAUCAGCUGGAUGAAGGCCAUGGUGGACUACCACUGUGAUGUCAGACACCAGAUUGUCUUUGAAGCCAUCCGAGGCCCAACACUGCGCAGUGAUAUUGCUAUUGAUGACAUCCAGUUUAAACGAGGACCAUGUGAAGAACCUGGCGAUGGCAUCCCAUACUCAGGCUUCUCCGAGUAUUUCAAUGAGAUUGAAAACUGAGGCUGGCCAGAAGAGUGUGUUUGUUUGUAUGUAUGUAUGUGUGUGUAUAUGUGUGUGUGCGUGCCUGGUAUAUUUUUAGAGGUAAUUGUGUGAGAAUAGAAUAAUUUUACCAUGACAAUUUACACCUUUGUAAAGCGACGUUACUGAUGAAUUGAUCCACUCUAACCUAGUUGUACCAACGUCUCUCUUUCCUUCCUGACAUUUAAGUGUUUGUCUUAAUAUUUUUUUAUUUUUCUGUUGUGAGACAGUGUGGUCUAUCAGCAAAGAAAAGUAUACCACAGUGGGUUGUUUGUAUGAGGUUUAUCUAAUAAACACUAUGCUUGCGUUAGUGUGACCUUUCUCACUAAGCCCAGAGAAAAAUGAUUACAUGGUUACAAAGAGGCUGUUGGUGUAUUGCUUCUGUACUAUGUCAUGGCCAUGUACAUCCCAUGUACAGUAAUAUCUGUCCUAUUCAUGCACUUUUGUGCAGGGAAUAGUAGUUUGUACAAUGUCAAAAAGUGAAGAGUAUACACUCACUGGGAAUUUGUUUAAUGGAAUAGAACAUGCAGAUACCAGUUAAUCAACUGGAACCUCAUCAAGACAAGCUUGGUCUAGACUAGUGAUUCCCAACCACCGUGCUGUGGCCCACUAGUGUGUCAUGAGACACACAUCAGGUAUGCUAUCAAAAAUUGACAACUUUUUUUUAUCUAUUGCUAAUACAUUGACUUUAUUUGUCAAUGCGACAUUGACAAUUAAAAACAGCAGCAGCAGAUGACUAUAAAACUAAAAGAGAGCACCUCAGUUGGCGAUCUUUGUGUCAAUUUCUGACUAUAUAUCAGUGUUGUGUUCAACUAAACAGGCCCAAGUUCUAUACUGAGUCAGUGAAUUUUGAUUAAAUCGAAACUUAUAGAUAAUUAUAUUUCAUUCCAUGUACUUUUUUUUGGAGAGCUUUUGUGUGGUGUUUGUUUUUCAUAUGCAAAACAUGUACCGUGACUCAAACAGGCAAACAGGGAAACACUGGUCUGGACUGGUGUUUGAAGUCAAUAAUUGAGAAACAAAGAAUGCUCUCAGCAGAUUUCAGGGCAGACGAACUAUGACACUAAAGGUCAAAAGAGGUUACAGUAACUCAACAACCCUAAAGUAAAAGGUCGACCAACAGAAGACUACACCUCUGCUCUCAUGUCCACUAAUUCUGGGAAACUCUAGCUACAUCUUACAGUGGAUGCACCGCU